UAUAACAUAUAACAUACUAAGUUCUAAAAAUAAAUACAAAGAGAACCUGUCAAGCUAAGAAACAAAACAACUAACUACAGAGAAAAAAAAAACAAUGCAAGAAAAUCCUAACCACGACUGGCAAACAAAAAACGGACAUAGAAAAACUACGCCAACUAUUUAGCUGAAUUUACACAUUCUCGCAAAUAAAAGCUAAGAAACAAAACAACUAACUACAGAGAAAAAAAAAACAAUGCAAGAAAAUCCUAACCACGACUGGCAAACAAAAAACGGACAUAGAAAAACCACACCAUCUAUUUAUCUGAAUUUACACAUUCUCACAAAUAAGGUACGACUGAAAUACCAAUCCAACAAAAAUAAAAAAUCAGGAAAUGGGUCAAGCUUUGGGAUGCUACCAUGUAUACAAGGGUGAUGUUGCUAUAAAAGAACGAUUUGGGAGAUUUAUUGAAGUUUUAGAACCUGGAUACCAUUGGACACCUUGGUUUAUUGGCUAUCAGAUACCUGGUGUAUUAUCGAUAAGUGUGCAGCAACACGAUUUUAAAUGCGAGACAAAAACAAAGGAUAAUGUCUUUGUCAACGUGAUUGCAUCUGUACAAUACCGCGUUGUGGCUGAUAAAGCGUCUGAUGCCUUUUAUAAGCUCACCGACAUAAGGGAACAUAUCCAAUCAUAUGUUUUUUAUGUUAUAAGAGCCAGUGUGUCGAAGUUAGAGCUGGAUGUCGUCUUUGAGCAGAAGAAUGAUAUAGCAAAGACUGUCCAAGAUGAGCUUGAGAAGGCGAUGUCGACCUACGGUUACGAGAUAGUCCAGACUUUCAUUAUUGAUAUCGAGCCUGAUGCUAUUGUCAAGAGAGCAAUGAAUGAGAUCGAUGCAUCUGCGAGAAUGAGGUUGACUGCAAACAAGAAAGCAGAAUCAGAAAAGAUAUUGCAGAUAAAGAAAGCUGAAGGUGAAGCUGAGUCCAUGUAUAUAUCAGGACUCGGUAUAGCUCGUCAACGUCAAACUAUCAUGGACGAACUAAGCGACAGUGUUCUUGCAUUCUCUGAAAAUGUACCUGAAACUUCUGCUAAAGAUGCCGUGGACAUGGUGUUGCUAACCCAAUACUUCGACACCAUGAAGAAAAUUGGAGCAUCCUCAACAAUUUCAUCCGUGUUCAUACCACAUGGUGCUGUUAGAGACAUUGUUGUUCAGAUUAGGGAUGGACUCCUUCAGCAAAAUGCUGCAAAUUAA